AUGGCUCAAAUUACUAAAAUUAAGGUUAAAGAACCUAUUGUUGAAAUGGAUGGUGAUGAACAAACUAGAAUCAUCUGGCAAUUCAUUAAAGAUAAAUUAAUCUUACCUUAUUUAGAUAUCGAUUUAAAAUAUUAUGAUUUAGGUAUGGAAUAUAGAGAUGAAACCAAUGAUCAAGUUACAACUGAUGCUGCUAAUGCUAUUUUAAAAUAUCAAGUGGGUGUAAAAUGUGCUACCAUUACUCCAGAUGAAGCUAGAGUUAAAGAAUUCAAUUUAAAAAAAAUGUGGUUAUCUCCAAAUGGUACCAUUAGAAAUAUCUUAGGUGGAACUGUUUUCAGAGAACCAAUUGUCAUUGAUAAUAUUCCAAGAAUCGUUCCAACUUGGAAUAAACCAAUUAUUAUCGGUAGACACGCUUUUGGUGAUCAAUAUAAAGCUACUGAUAUUUUAGUUCCAGGUGCUGGUGAAUUAUCAUUAGUUUUCAAACCAAAAGAUGGAUCUGAACCUCAAACUUAUAAAGUUUAUGAUUUUGAUAGCCCUGGUGUUGCUUUAUCAAUGUAUAAUACUGAUGAAUCAAUCGUUGCCUUUGCUGAAAGUUCAUUUGCUUUAGCUUUAGAAAGAAAAUUAAAUUUAUUUUCAUCCACUAAAAAUACUAUCUUAAAGAAAUAUGAUGGUAGAUUUAAAGAUAUCUUUGAAGGAUUAUAUGAAUCCAAAUAUAAACCAUUAUUUGAAAAGGAAGGUAUUUGGUAUGAACAUAGAUUAAUCGAUGAUAUGGUUGCUCAAAUGAUAAAAUCUUCUGGUGGUUAUAUAAUCGCUAUGAAAAAUUAUGAUGGUGAUGUUCAAUCUGAUAUCGUGGCUCAAGGUUUUGGUUCAUUAGGUUUAAUGACUUCAGUAUUAGUCACUCCAGAUGGUAAAGCUUUCGAAGCUGAAGCUGCUCAUGGUACAGUUACAAGACAUUAUAGACAACAUCAACAAGGUAAAGAAACUUCUACUAAUUCAAUUGCAUCAAUUUUCGCUUGGACAAGAGGUAUUAUUCAAAGAGGUAAAUUAGAUUCAACUCCUGAAGUUACUAAAUUUGGUGAAGAGUUAGAAAGAGCCACCAUCGAAGCUGUUUCAAAAGAUGAAAUCAUGACUAAAGAUUUAGCUUUAACUCAAGGUAAAACUGAUAGAUCUUCUUAUGUUACCACUGAAGAAUUCAUUGAUGCCGUCGCAAAGAGAUUAAACAAAAACUUAGGUUAUUAA